AUGAUGCUUUGUGCAGUCAGAACUCGUCCACUUAUUUUUUCGCCAGCAGCAGUGAGGUGGCACUCGGGCGGUCAUGACAAUCCUCUAGGUCUACCGCGUUCAGGCCAGCCAGUGCCUCCGCAGAUGCCCCGCAGAGGCGGCAUAGUCAAACGGUCCAUUCCGAAUGCACGCAAAGUCAUCGCGGUUGCGAGUGGAAAGGGUGGUGUAGGCAAGAGUACAGUCGCUGUGAACCUCGCAUUCUCGCUUGCGCUCAACCCCCGGAAUACGUACGUGCCAGGGCAAGAAGGAGGCAAGCGCAGACUGCGCGUGGGCGUCCUCGAUCUCGACGUGUUCGGGCCCAGCAUCCCGACGCUCAUGGGCCUUACGGAAAGCGAGGAGCCCGAGUUGACCGCCGCUGGUGCACUCCGCCCACUGGUGAACCACGGCAUGCCCUGCAUGUCCAUGGGCUUUCUCCUCCCUAGACCCGCCGCACCCGCACCUACAUCCGACGAUCCCGAGCCCGAGCCUGCACCCGAGCCGGCCGUCGUUUGGCGCGGGCUGAUGGUACAGAAGGCGGUGCAGCAGCUCCUGUUUGACGUCGACUGGCGCACCGGCCAGUGGGGCUUUUCGCCGGCCUCGGCGAGCGGGAGCGACGGAGGAGAGGGGCUGGACGUGUUGGUGGUGGACAUGCCGCCCGGGACGGGCGAUGUUCCGCUGACGCUGGGGCAACUUGUGAACGUGGACGGCGCGGUGAUUGUGUCGACGCCGCAGGACGUCGCGCUUGUGGAUGUGCGAAGAGGCAUUGGGAUGUUUAGGAAGGUUGGGGUGCCUAUUAUCGGCGCACUGCUGAACCAAUCCGCGUUCUACUGCUCGAACUGCGACACACCGCACGAGAUAUUUGGCUCUUCGGACGCAUUCACGCGCACCGCGAAGCGUAUGGGUGUUGAUGUGCUCGGUGCGCUGCCUAUCGUGGGCGGCGUGAGCGGUGGCGGAGACCGUGGCGUGCCAUUCAUGCUCACGUCGAGCGGGUCGAAUAGUGGACAGGGAAAAGGAGAAGGCGAGAAGACAUGGAGGGGCGUUAUGGAGGAUGUCGGGGACAGGGUCUGGGAGUCCAUGAAUACAACUAAAACUUAGUAGUUUUUGCAACAGGAUGAGCUCAAGGGUAGAUGCACAAAACUCAAAUUUGGGACUCGUAUAUGAAUAAUAACAGACGUCGUACACUGUCCUUGAUACCUGUAGCAACUGAGAAACUCGGUAGGAUAGGAUAGAAAACAUUGAUCGCUGGAGUCCCCCAAUGGAUAAAGCCAGACAAAGUCGCAAGUUUACAAGAUAAUAUACAACAGAAGAAUAGCAAAACAGGAAUAAAGUAAGGUUUUACGAGAGAUUGAGUUGAGUAUAGCGGGGUGGGAGGAAAGCGAGUAUGAGACAACCGGGCGGGCUUUAUUAUUCAACAGCAAAUCCCCCAAAAUCGAGGAACCCUUCCUCCAAGGACAGCUUGCGCACGACGAGAGCCUCGACAAUCAGGCGGACUUGCCUGAUGUCUUCGACAAGCACGGUCGCAGAACGCUCAAUGGCGCUUUCGUCUCCUUGAAUCGCGACUACUUCGGUCGCCUUAGUCGCAAUGCAAGCAGAGGUUGUGGACACAGGGAACUCGGAACGAGCAACGACUGGGUCAAGGUCGGCCAAAGUGGUUUCAACUGGGCUUAUGGAGGUCUGGUCGAUCGUGACGUGGAGCGACUCGAGGCCUGACACAACGGCAGAGAGCGAUGCAUCGUCCACAAAUUGAGUCGUUGCCGUUUCGGCUACGGACAUCGUCGUGGUGGUCGCACUAGUAGUGUCGAUAUGCGUGAGCAGCGUAUUAGCGUGGCGCCGUGCGUCCCUCCGCCGGCGUCGCUGGACUUUGGCGUGCUCGGGUUUCUCAAUGGGCGCGUCCGUAUGAGGCUGCUUCACGUCGAUAGGAGCAGUUGACUCGGUGCUCGCAGGCAGAUUCUGGUUUGGUCGCGUCCAUUUCUUCUUUCCGUGGGCUGGGUAGUUCCGGUUCCUGUUACGUUUGUCAUGCGUAGGAGAGGCCGGUGGGCGGCGCCGGAUAGGGCGGGGCUUGUACACCGAUGCGAUCUCGAUCUCGAGGGAGGGCGCAGAGGAGUUGGCAGAGUCCAAGUCCAUGGUGAAUAUGGUAGCGCCGUCCGCCUGCACGACGCACUCGUCAGGCUCGGUGAGGUCCGUCUCUGUGUCCUCCGGAGACGUAGAGCCAGUGGUGGUAGUAGUGGUAGACUCUUCCUCUGUCUCUGCGUAUUCCAGCCUGAGGUUUCUGCCAGCGCGUCCGUUUUCGAAGGCCCUGAGCUUGGGGUCACGAGAGGGAUCCCACCCGUCUUGAGCAGUUCCGUCCUCUUUGCGCACAAUCUCGGCCAGGGAGGCGGGGACCUCGAUCUCCUUGACGACGACGACGCUGGCGCCGAUCUCGCCGGCCAUUUCUUCGAGCGUCUCGAGGGAGCUUUCGAGCUCUGCACGUGGCAGACCGACGAGGGCACCCGAGUCGGCGACGCCGAGCUCAUAAUAUGCUUGGCCGCCGCCCUCGAGUAGGCGCCAUUUGAGCUGGGUGACGAGGCGGGCGAAACGGGAGGGGGUGGGGGUGAUGAGGUGGAGUUUGUACUCGAUGUUGCCCU